AUGCUCAUCCCUGAUCAGAAGAAAAAUUUCCGUAACAAGGCGACAUUCCACGUCUUGAACCCUUUACCGAAAACUGGCAUGGAUUGUGAAGUUCGCCUCCCAUCUGGCAAAGCUCUAUCCACACUGAAGGUUAAGGACUUACAGAAGGAGCUCAGCAAACGUCGACUGUCUAGCGUUGGUAAAAAGGCGGAACUUUUGGCAAGACUUACGGAGUUCUUCACGAAAGGUGAAUCUCACAUAGGUGAUGGAAACAAGACGGAAACAACUUUUCCAAAGGUAGGUGGAGAUACCAAGCAAACAACUGAGGAAGGACAUGACGAGAAAAAAAAGAGUAGGCGUAGAAGCCAUUCAAGAUUGAAUGAAACAUUCGAAUAUAUCGAGGAUGGAAAAGGUGAGAACGUCGUAGAGGAAACAGCUCGUCCUCAGACUCCUCGAAGUUCAAGGAAAAACCGCCGCUCCAGCAUUAUUCAGGCGACUACAAAAGCCGCUUUACAGUUCGGCGAAGACUGCAUGGAAAAAGAAAAUGUGUCAUUGUCCCAUCACAACGCAGACACUAGGAAUCGCUCUACGGCACAGCCAGCUUCAGAUAAAAAUGACAUAAGAUAUGUAUUGUCAGCUAACAGAAGUCUUGAUCAGGAGAAUCCAAGACGUAUCUCAGAGACUUCCAAGCACCCCGAAGUAUCUGUCUCCACACCAGCUUCAAAAAGCAAGAGAUGUGGUGGUUUUGCUGCUUCAACCGUAUCUUCGGCUGUGAAAAAGGCCUCCCGAAAGUCUAAAAUUCCAUCUCGUACGAAAUCAACAAGGACGAUCAUUGAAGGUCUCCCGUCUUCGUCACGUUCCAUCAGGAAAAGUAAAGGGUAUAGGAAGUCGAAGGAGAUUUCCCCAACUAAGAAUUUCGCUCGUCAGCAUGCCCGCAUGUUUGCGAAAAUGGAAACCAUUGGUGAUAUGCAUGAAAGAGUUACACGCAAACAUGAACAGGUUAUGCAGGCCGUUCCAGACGUGGUGAAGCGCCUUGCUACACCGAAAUCCGUCAGUAAAAAGUGUGAACGAGAGAAAGACUUAGCAAAGAAACCUGGUUACGUUUUCGACGUGUCUAAAGCUAGAAUGACUGUUAAUGAGUCCUCCUUCAAGUUUGGAAAAGUAGAAAACUACCCUACGCAGCAAAUACAGGGCACCUCGGGAGCAGUGGUGAAUUCCUUCACUCUGAAAACAGCUAAGACGCAAGAUCGAAGGGAUGUCAAAUCACGAACCAAAGAUGAUAGCAAACGGAAGACUUUGAAGAAAUUGAUUUCCGUGACGGUGCCAACAGACAAGGAAUCCAUUAAUUUGCUGGCAACGCCAAAAGGAAUGACUCCCAGCAAGCCUCGUGGAAAGGUGUCCUAUACGCCUCAUCGUGGAGUAGUAACUUUUGUGGACACAACCAAAUUGACUGAUCGGGAAUAUGAGCUUGCAGUUGCUAGCGGAUUGAUCAAGGCAAAAAGUGCAAGGUGA